AUGGCAGAAUCGAAAAAUGUUGCAUUGGUUUUCGGCGCCAGCGGUAUCUCCGGCUGGGCUGUCACCAAAUGUGCUCUCUCAUACCCCACGUCCACUACCUUUGAUAGAGUGAUCGGCUUGACAAAUAGGCCAUUAUCUCUGGAGAAAAGUGGGUUGCCGCAUGACCCUCGACUGGAGUUGCAUCACGGAGUAAAUUUACGUGGGAAUUUUGAUGAGGUGCUGUCUCAGUUGCAAGAGAAGGUUUCUAAUCUGGACGAGGUCACCCACGUGUAUUAUCUUGCCUACUCUAAUGCAACUGCAUACUCCGUGGAUGUGAUGGCUAUCCGGGAUAUCAAUGAGAAAAUGACCUAUAACGCCGUGCACGCUGUCGACCGGCUGUGUAAGAAUUUGAAGUUCUUCGUGCUGCAAACUGGAACAAACAAUUAUGGAGUCGCCGUGUUUCGCUUCCAGGAACACAUCGAGAUCAAUCCUCCCUUACGCGAAAACAAUCCGCGCAUCCCGUCACCCUGGGGGGAUGAGAUCUUCUACUAUGCGCAGGUCGACCUCAUCAAGGAAGCCAAUAAGGGAAAGCCUUGGAAAUGGUGCGAAGUUCGACCAGAUCAGAUUGUCGGUCACGUUCCUAUUCCAACAAGCAUGACAUACGUCGAGCCUCUCGCGCUUUACUUGAUGCUGUACCGCUAUUGUAACGGCCCCGGUGCCACUGCUGUCUUCCCUGGACCCUACACAAACUACGUCCACACGUAUACGCUAUCCUCGCAGGAUAUCAUCGCCCGUUCCGAGCUUUACCUAUCUGUCGAGAAGCCAGACGAGGCACACGGAGAGGCAUUUAACACGGCCGACAACGACACGCCAUCAUCUUGGACCGUCGCAUGGCCUAAGAUGUGCGAAUACUUUGAUCUUAAUGCCGAAGGCGCAAGCCCUGAGGACAAGGGCUGGAAGGACAUCGACAAGUGGUGGCUCGCACACCAGGACGACUACCAGAAGAUGUGCGCAGAGUACGGUCUGCGCCCUCGUGAGAUUUCCGAGGCGACCUGGAUUUUCCUUUCAGCAGGCUUUACAUUUCUGGGUCGCAAUCGCGAGUUGAGUUUGGAUAAGAUUCGAAGCGUUGGAUUCACGGAGGAGUACCCAGUUGCGUAUGGGUAUUUCCGGGUGUUUGAUCGCCUGGCCCAGGAGAAGAUUAUUCUCAGCAAGGAGGAUUGGACUAAAUAA